UCAAUAACGUUGUUAUUCCCAGCCCACUGUGAAUAACAAUUUAAUCUAUUAAUAGUAAAAUAGUAAGUAUAGUAUACAGUAUAUUAUUCAGUAUAAUUUUCUAUAAUUAUAAAUAUUAUAUACGUAGGGAAGCGUUAUCCACACAGUCACACAGCUCUGACUCUGUGAAUAACGUUGAGCGUUAUCGGCAGACCGAGAUCUGCGAAUAACGCAGAGCGUUAUCGGCAGACCAAAAUCUGCGAAUAAUGCAGAGCGUUAUUGUUAGACAGAAAUGUUCCCAUAAUUACGCACAUUUCUAGAAAUAAUUAAGAUCACAUUCCAAGCCGGGGUAGGGGUAUAGUUUUAAGUAGUGUAGGAUAGAUCGAUUGUUAAUGAGAAUGGCACAAACACAUCUCAAAACCGAAGCUACCGGUAUGCACAAGUUAAAUUUAAAAAAAUUUAAUAGGCCUAACUAUAGCCUAUAUAUUGGAUAUAGGAUAAUUAAUUGUGCCUACAUCUGCUCUGUUAGGGCAGAUAUCACAAUGUACAGUUAGAACAGCUGUAUCUGACUUAAACAUGGUUUAUGCGGCUCAUCUGCAUGUCCAUUUACAGUUUUUUGACGAAACUUGAAUGAACAUUCUAACAAAAUAGAUUGAAACUUGUAACAUAAGUAACAAAACUACAUGAAAAUAAUAAUAAAACUAUGUGAACAGAAUAAGAAAGCCAUAUGAAGAAUAUUAUUAUAAUAUAACACUACGAAAUAACCAUUAAAUUUUUUUUUUUUUAUUUUAUUUAUAAAAAUGAGGCUUCCCUGACGGGGAAUCGAACCUAUGUCUGCCGGGUGACGGGCGGAGAUACUGACCACUACACUACCGAUGAGAUGUUUACAUACGAACUUUGUAUUUUAUAUUCAUAAUUUAAUUUAUCACAUUCUGCGAAUAAUGUUGAGCGUUAUCGGCAGACCGAAAUCUGUGAAUAACGGCGAGCGUUAUCCGCGCAGCUCUGUGAAUAAUCACUUCGAUAUUAGUAUUACUAUGACACUAUAAAGUAAAGUCAUCAGUGACACCAGUCACCUGUUAGAUAAAUUAUUUUUAAAACUGUCAAAUCAUCAUCAUCAUUACUGGUAUAAGUAUAAUUGGUGGAUAAUCCCUUAUUUUAGUGCUUUUUCUAUUACCUAAGGUGGUGAGGGGUAGCCCCUACUUUACUUUACAUAUUAAUUUUGAUGGAUCAUGUUGAUUGCUUGUUGGGGUCGCAAUCCGGGAUCCCGAAAUUUGAAAAUACCAGACCAUAAUUGAUUCUCCAAAAAACCGGGAUUGGAUUUAUGAAAAUCGUGAUUUUUGAUAAUCCCGGGAUUUCAUUCUCAAUUUUUUUUAAAACCGUUUUUCUUAGUUUCCCUGUCAUAGUUAAAGCAAGACAUAUCAAUAAUUUAUUAGAUGUGCAAAUCCAUCACACCACUUGUCUAAAGUUCAAAGAAAGCCGACCAGCGGGCUAGAUCUGUGUACUCUUACUAGUAAAAAAUCAUGACAUUGUGAUUAGUUUUGUUUUUUCAUUGUGCGUGUGUUGUGUGUAAGUCUGUAAGUGGGCACGAGUCACGACGUAAAAGUACAGGAUUGGUAAGUAAAUUUUUUCAUAUUAUUGACAAAUAAGUAAUUGGUAUAGUCGAAUGAAGAUUGAAUUUUGACUUCCAUUAAGAGUUUGUAUGGAAAUAAUAACACGUUGCACUCAAAUCACAGGGUAACUUUUAAUAAAAAAAUUGUUUGAUUAUUUGAUUUCUUUUAAUUGUGCCCAAAAAAAAAUACUUAUUUAAAAUAUGAGUAAAUCCGUAUUUUGAUAAUCAAAUACCUUAAGUUUAAGACACAGAAAAUUUAUGUUACUUCUAUUUUGUGAUAACAAUAUUAAUAAUUUACAUUCAACUUAAAAUUGAUUUUCGAGCUAUUUUGUCUCAUGCUAAAUUUCCCAGUUUGUCUGUACCGUACCUAGCCAAAAUUUACAUGACUGAAUGUCCCAAUUGUUCUGUACCGUACUUAGUCAAACAUUUACACGACAAUUUAAACAUUAAAAAAAGCUUUACACGUCAAACCAAUUCGAUUGAAAUAAUACUUUAUUGUUAAUGAUUUAUUUUCCCAGGUUGAUAGAAAGAAAUGGGGACCCUGAAAAUAAUAAACCUAUAAUUUGAAAGGCAUAUGAAACUAUCUGAAACAAAGACAUCAGUUUGGCAUUAUUUCUUGAAAGCUACGACAAUCUCUCAGCUAAAUGUAUUAGUUAUUAAAUUAACAAGAUACUUAAAACAUUGUGCGAACAACUUCAGGCCUUCACUCUCAUUUAUAGUCUGCACAUUCCAGUCAUUACUUGGACGUAUUUCUAAGGCCAGAUUGCAACCAGGUGCGAAACAUAUCGUGGAUAUUCAAAAGCUUGGUCCGACAGCGGAUUCCUAGUUGGAAAUAUAUUUGAACAAUGAAAUUGAACAUCUUGGAUCUGAGCAUGAUGAAUUUGAUGAUACACUGCCGCUUAAGAGACAAUUAGAAAUUGAAAUACAAAAGAAACUUCAGGCUCAGGAUAAUACUUCCAGACCAACGGUUGGAGACAUUGAUACAUUGGUAAAAAUAUAAAUGGCUUUAUUUGAGAAUGGUGGUUCAAAAGGAAAAUAUCUAGAAAUUGCUUAUGAUAGCCUAAGGUCUAUUCCUCCGAUCAGUGUGGAGUCAGAGCCGGUGUUCUCUUAAGUUACAUUACUUUUGUAACCAUUUGCGGUCAAAGUUAAGUGACUAAACAUUAUACUUUGUCAUUUUUUAUAAUUUCAUUAUUUAAAUUUGACCAAAGAUUAAAACAACACCACUUAUUUUAAUAUUUUAAAUAAAAAUAUUACUUUUGUUCGUUUGAUUAAAGUCUGAAGAUAAACGUGUGUUUAAAAGCUUAUACUUAUUAAAAAUCAAAAUAUGAUUUUCUAUAUGUUUUCAUUUCAUUGAUAAAUCCUCAGCAGAGUUUGGCAGAUUUUGUCUUUGACUCCCUCCCCACAUCAUCACAAAUUUAUUUCACAAUUUAGACAUCUUAAUACUUUGACCCCCGCCCUCCCCUUUUUGUCCCCAUGCCGAGAUGCAUGAAUGAGGUCAUUUAUGGAUGGCACUUUAUAUUCUAUAUAAGAAUAAUAUGAAAUGAGUGAAACAAAGUAGGGUUAAACCUGAAAAAAGGAAUGCAACAAAACAACAAAUGUGUCGCCAGGAGAAAGGAGGGGUGAAAGGAGCCUACAAAGUUAAUGAACAGGUCAAGUUCACUCCUCUCCAUUGUGAUGACCCCUAUACCGUCAUCUAUGGACCUCUUAUAGAAUUCAGGGAGACGUGCUGUAUAGAAAGGUAUAUUAAUACGAAAGAGACUGCUAUCAAACUUAGCAUCAGCUCUACUGGGAAGGCAAUAGGGAGGGUUGAGAAUUUGACAAGAAUGGAUAAGAAAACUGAUUAUAAACACAGGGCUAGGGGAAAACUUUAAAGAAGACGAAACAGCAAACACGAUUUCUGCAAUGAAUAAAAACAGUACACAUGAAAAUUUUUUAAAAUAUUAUUCUGUGUGGAGUCGUCUGUCCUGUAAUAAUAAUGGGCUAAAGCCUAGGAUAUGAUCCUGUUAAUGCUAUUAUUAAUUUAUGACACUAAAGAGCAAAAUUUGUCAAUAUUGAAUAUGUUUUAACUUUAUUAGCAUACUUUAAAAAAAUUAAUCAGUGCUCAAUUUUAAUUUUAUCAUUAAAUUCUUUAAAAGAAAAAAAAUUAUCUUAAAUUAUAGCUUCCAUAAUGAAAGUUCUGAAAGGGUUAAUUAAUACAAAGAUCUCCAAUAGGUCAUUUGAUGAAAAAAUUUUGGGUUUUAAAAAUUUAGCUGUUCAUUCUAAAUAUAUAUUCUUCAAGAGAUUCAUUCGGUCGCCAUAACCCUGACUGUGGCUGGGACAAAUAAUAUAUUAUAUUUUCUCUUUUCUAAAUUUAUAUUAAGAUUGGUUAUAAAAUUCUUAUCAUGCAUCAACCAUAAUCAUGAAUAAACCAAAUCCUUUCAUGCUCUGUCUCGGACAGCUGUCCACAAUCUGGCGCUUUGAGCUAGAUGCAGCUCAUUAAAUUAAUAAAUGGUGUGAUUUUUUAUUAGCAAACCAUUAAUUUUUCACUGUUCUAUAAAUAUAUUUAAACUAUCCACCCCUGCCUGCAGCUCCCUAAGUAUUUUCAUAGCAGAUAUAAUUUAUAAACCGGCUCUUCACUCAAAAAAAGUGUGCCAGCCCCUGGUCUAGGUGAUGAAGAAAAUCAAUAAUUUUUUCUUCUGUCUGAUGAAUUUCCCCACAUUUAUUGAUCACCAUGGCAAUGUGUAACUUGUUAUUGUUGCUGGCUGUUUAAUCAAAUGAUGGAAACACUAGUUAGUUGGAAGAGGUCAGCAGCAGUUUUCAGCAUCUAACAUUCGUUGUGGGUAAAGAAUUUCUUUACAAAAUCGUGGUGCUGUCAUUAAGUGUUGUUAAAAUACAUUUUGUGUAAAUAUAAUUAAAUCUAUUUUUUAAAUUUAUAUCAAAAUUCAUAAUUUGUUAAAAUACUGUUUGGAAUUCGAUCAUUUAAGGUUAGUGCAAAUUUUCCUACAAGACGUGAAUGUCUUGACACCUUUUAAUGCAUAUUUUAUUCAAGCAUUCGUUUUUUCUAGGCCAUUAGUUUUAAAAUCUUAAAGAUAUAUUCUGCUGUUCCUUAAAAUUGGUACCACUACAUGACAAUAUUUCUUGUAAGUAAUAAUACAAGAAGAACUGAUUCUUUAAUUGUUUUAUGGGUAUUGUCAUUUAAUAAACUGGUUCCUGAUGUUUUUGAAAAACUGAUUUAUUUAAUUGAUUUAUAAAGAUAUUUUGUUUUUUGUUUGUUAUAGAGUUCAUCAGAAUGACUUGAAGAUGAUGACACUGAGGAACUUAUGGCGUCGAAGUAUGGGGUCUGGGGAAGUGUACAAACCACCAGAAAAAGAUGAACACAUGGUAGCAUGUGAUACAUUAAUGUCUGAACUAGAUUUUCACAUUCGAGAGCUGGAUAACUUUCGACUAGAGCAACAACAAGAAGAGCGUAGGCUCAAGACAGGUCUGUUCUCAAACAAAAUUAUUCUUCAAUUAAAUACAAUUUUAAAUAUUGGUGUUAAUACGCUGAGCAGUGGAUCUUUCAUAUGCAAUUUUAUGAGUGAGAGUUAAUUACUGAGAUUUUAAUUUUUCUUAUAAUUGUGGAAUGUUCAAGUUUAAUCUUUAAAAUCCGAAUCAUUAAGUUAAUGAAACACAGAGCUACAUCCAAAUUUUUUCUUAAAUUAGACCAGCCAAACGUGCAUUUUAAAGGAGUUGGAAAUCUCACCACCCCUGGGCAAUGUAGCCACCUUAUUUUUCAGUAUUAAGCACACAAGAAAUUGAUGGUUUGAUUUCAGAUUACAGAUACUUGUAUGAGUGAAUUUUUUCUUAUUUAUGAAAAGUAAAAUGUCAAACAAGUGACUAUUUUGCACAGGCUUCAAUAGAAAUUAAUUUAUCUCAGUUUGUUAUUAACUAUGUUAACUAUGUCAACUUUACCACUGUUAAAUUAUUAACUUUUCUGUGCCCAGUCAAGAAUAUAUAUAUAUUUAAAAUUAUCCUAACUCUUCAGUGAGCAGUAUAGUAUAAAGAGAUAAUAUAAUCUACUGUAAGAAUUGCCUCUGUUUGACCGCAGGUGUAGACUACAGCUGGCUCAUUGAAUCUCAUCCUAAGACCUAUGAGAUUCCCCCGAUGGAGAGACUGGAGCUGGAGGAACUUUGCUACAAAGUCAGUGGAUCAGAGUGCUCCCAGAUCAUUUCUCACUUUCGAGAUGCUGUAUCCCAGAAUGCACGAGUGGAGGACUUGCCUUACAUCAUGAGAUCUUGUGUGAGGAAAGUCCUGGAUGAAAGGCCUCUGCAAGAGAGUUUAACAGAGUGGGUUAGCAGGCGAACACAAAGCAUUGCUAAUUUUUCUAUGUUGAAGUUGAAGUCGUCAAGUAAAGUCAUGCCUUCUUGUGAGGCAGAGGAUAUAGAAAUGCAGCAUAAUGAAAUUCAAGAACGCAAGUCACGAGCCAUGAGCAUGCCAAAUUUUUCAGUACGCAGAGAAGAUGUACCAGUGCCACAUACUGUGUAAUGAUUUCUCUCUAGCCAGGCUGCCAGACAAUUUGUAGCUUUCCCCUGAAGACAAUGUUAUCAUUUAACCAAAGGACGUAUAAAAGCUGUCAGUCAUUGCUGCUUUGUUAAAAGAUUAAUAUAGAAGUGUCUGCUUUCAAGCCACGGGAAUGAAAUAUUAAGAAAAAGAUAAGUGAUAUAGUUUGGGUAACAACACAAGAUUCAAGCUACACAUUAUGUUGUUCAAACAAGGUUUUGUUAUAGCUUGGCUAAAAACACAAGAUUCAAGGUACUACUUAUGUUGUUCAAACAAGGUUUUGUUAUAGCUUGGCUAAAACACAAGAUUCAAGGUACUGCUUAUGUUGUUCAAAAAAGAUAAGUGUUAGUUUGGCUAACAACACAAGACAAUCUUAUUAUUCAAUCUAUCACUUGUUGUUCUUAAUAUUUAAUUCUGCUCUCUUAACAAGCACAAGGGAAUGAAUUUAAAAAGUAUCAUUUUAAAAUACAUUUUUAUUCUGAAACAAAUUAAUCACAGAUUGGACUCGCUAAUUUGAAAACAUAAUGAUAUUGGUAGGUGAAAACUGUUUUAUAAAAUGUAAUCUUUUUCACGUCAGGUUCACUAAAUAAAAAGUUGUUAAAUGUUUUGCAUAAUAAAUAAUCAAAAGCUCAGUGCCUCAUGUUCAAAUACUGCAUGCCAUGUAGCAAAACAACAAAAUAUAUUUUGCUGGAUUUUUAAAAAAAAUUUUCAAUAUAUACUUUUAAAAAAUUAUUUAAAUUUUCUAGAAGAUAGAUUUUUGUGACUUUGUUAUAGAGUAUGCAAAGAGAAUAUUGGAAAGCCCAGCUAGAAAAGUCAGUAGUAGCAGAUAACAUAAGUCAGAAAUUUUUGAUUGUGUUAAGCAUGAAAAAUGUAUGGAUCUUUUAUGUCUAUGAACUGUAGUAAUUUUCCACUACUAUUAUUUGUGCCACUUCUAUACUUUAUCUUAUUAGAAAGUCAAAUUAUAUUUUAAUUGUAAAGUUUUCAUUUCUUUGACUGCAUUUAAAGUCAAUGACUUAGUCAUAUCGUUGCCAGCAUAAUGUAAUAAAAACAGUAUUGGUACUAUUAGUGGUAUUAUUAUAAUUAAUUUAGUAGCUACUUGCUCAUGAUGAGAAUGAGAGAUCCCCAUCUUCAAGUUUUUCUAAGAUAUAGAAAAUGAGGUGUAGUGUCUUAACUGUGUUUGUUGGAAUCAUUCAAUAGUUAUUUUAGGAAUCAUUCGAUAGUUAUUUUAGUAAUCAUUCAACACCGGUAGUUAUUUUAGGAAUCAUUCGAUAGUUACUGUAGGAAUCAUUUAAUAGUUAUUUUAGGAAUCAUUCAAUAGUUAUUUUAGGAAUCAUU